GUGUUGUGACAUUAGCCAUCGCUUGCAAGUUCCACUUUUUAAUUUUAGAGCUUUUGUUUACUGCAUUCACUGUUGUGUAACCAUGUAGGCACCAUGGUUCUUUUUAAAAGUGCCAUGUGUAAGACGACUUUUAAAGCAGCAUGGCAAACUGGGAGCGAAACAAAAGGAUCUUAUUGGAGCUGGUUAAGCUGCCAGAGAACAGUUUUUGUGCGGACUGUGGAUCCCCUGAUCCAGACUGGGCAUCUUCCAAACUAGGCUUAUUUGUGUGUCUGAAUUGUUCUGGUAUCCACCGUAACCUGUCCAGCCGAGUAAAGUCUAUAAAGCUUGACAACUGGGAAGAUGACCUUGUAGAAUUGAUGAAAUCCAGUGGCAAUGCCAGAGCCAAAGCCUUGUAUGAAAAAGCACUUCCUCCUUACUACUACCGACCACAGCAAACUGACUGUGUAGUCUUAAGAGAGCAGUGGAUUCGAGCCAAAUAUGAAAGGUUGGAAUUCACAGGGGAGACCAAGUAUCCACCUCCGUCUUAUACCACAGGCUUCUUUGAAGGAAUGCUUUGGAAGAAAGGAAAGGAAAAUACUCAGUUUCUGCAGAGAAAAUUUGUUCUCUCUGAGCGAGAAUUCACACUGGCUUACUACAACAAAGAAAAUGAGUCCAAAGGUCCAAAGGCCCUCAUCUCCAUCAAGCACUUGAAUGUAACUUUUCAGCCAGAAAAGAUUGGUCAUCCCCAUGGGAUGCAGAUUACUUACCUUAACAAUGACCACACCAGGAGUCUGUAUGUGUAUCAUGAUAGUCCUGAGGAAAUAGUCACAUGGUACAAUGCCCUUCGUGCGGCUCGCUAUGCUUACCUAAAGACAGCAUAUCCAACUGGAACAGAAACUGAUCUGAUAUCGAAUAUAACACCAGCCUACCUUAAAGAGGGAUACAUGGAAAAGACGGGGCCAUCGCAGAAGGAACCAUUCAAAAAGAGAUGGUUCAUUUUAGACUCUCAAAAUAGGAAGUUGCUGUACUUCAAGGGCUGUUUGGAUGCUGAAGAGCAGGGGGUCAUCUUCCUUGGCACAGAAAGUAACAAUUACUCUGUUAGAGACUAUGUCCCAAAACGAACUCGUGGAAACAAGUGGAAGUUUGGCCUCAUGGUGCAGACACCCGAGCGGCAAUUUGUCUUUAUGUGCCAGCACGAGUGUGAGCAAAGAGAGUGGCUGAAUUCCCUCAGACAGGUCAUGUCCAGGCCUAUGACACCACAGGAUUAUACCACAGAGGCCAACAUCAGGAAUAAGCGAUGAAAACUGGAAAGUGUGACAGCAGGAUUUAAUUUUUACAGCAACAACAUCUGAAUGGAAACCUGUGGGGUACACCAUGUCAACUGUGUUUGCAUCAUGCAUAAUUGAAUCAUUUGGCACUGUCAAGAAAUUAAAAUGUAAUAUUAUUCUUCAUAAGAAUCUGUGUUGAAUUUAUGACAUGCUUUAGUUCUGACACCCAUUCCCCCCAUUAAACUGCAAUUAAUAAGA